CAUCCGGGCCACUGUUACUAGUUGAGGGGAAGAUGGCGGCCGCAACUGUGGUGGUUCCCGCAGAGUGGAUAAAGAACUGGGAAAAAUCAGGGAGAGGCGAAUUUUUGCAUUUAUGCCGGAUUCUCAGUGAAAAUAAAAGCCAUGACAGUUCGACCUACAGAGAUUUUCAAAAAGCCCUUUAUGAGUUGUCGUACCAUGUCAUUAAAGGAAAUUUAAAGCACGAACAGGCAUCUAGUGUUCUUAAUGACAUUAGCGAAUUUCGUGAGGAUAUGCCUUCAAUUCUUGCUGAUGUAUUCUGCAUAUUAGAUAUUGAGACAAAUUGUUUAGAAGAAAAAAGCAAGAGAGACUAUUUUACACAAUUGGUAUUAGCAUGUUUGUAUUUAGUUUCAGACACAGUUCUGAAGGAACGCUUGGAUCCAGAAACUUUGGAAUCACUAGGGCUCAUCAAACAGUCACAGCAAUUCAACCAAAAGUCAGUUAAAAUAAAGACAAAACUCUUUUAUAAGCAGCAAAAAUUCAAUUUAUUAAGAGAAGAGAAUGAAGGUUAUGCCAAGCUGAUUGCUGAACUGGGACAAGAUUUAUCUGGAAAUAUUACUAGUGAUUUAAUAUUAGAAAAUAUCAAAUCUUUAAUAGGAUGCUUUAAUCUGGAUCCCAAUAGAGUUUUGGAUGUCAUUUUAGAAGUGUUUGAAUGCAGGCCAGAACAUGAUGAUUUCUUUAUAUCUUUGUUAGAAUCUUACAUGAGUAUGUGUGAACCGCAAACACUGUGUCAUAUUCUUGGGUUCAAAUUCAAGUUUUACCAGGAACCAAGUGGUGAGACACCCUCAUCUUUGUACAGAGUUGCAGCAGUCCUUCUGCAAUUUAAUCUCAUUGAUCUAGAUGAUCUUUAUGUGCACCUUCUUCCAGCAGAUAAUUGCAUUAUGGAUGAAUACAAACGAGAAAUUGUAGAAGCUAAGCAAAUUGUAAGAAAACUCACAAUGGUUGUAUUAUCUUCUGAAAAAUAUGAUGACCGGGACAAAGAAAAGGACAAAGAUGAUGAAAAAGUAGAGAAGCCACCUGAUAACCAAAAACUUGGUUUGUUGGAAGCCUUGUUAAAGAUCGGAGAUUGGCAACACGCACAGAACAUUAUGGAUCAGAUGCCUCCGUACUAUGCAGCAUCACAUAAACUUAUAGCUCUUGCUAUUUGUAAGCUCAUUCACAUAACAGUUGAGCCUCUCUACCGAAGAGUUGGUGUUCCUAAAGGUGCUAAAGGCUCACCCGUUAGUGCUUUGCAAAACAAGAGAGCACCGAAGCAAGUAGAGAGCUUUGAAGAUUUGAGGAGGGAUGUAUUCAAUAUGUUCUGUUACCUUGGUCCUCACCUUUCUCACGAUCCCAUUUUAUUUGCAAAAGUUGUGCGCAUAGGCAAGUCAUUUAUGAAGGAGUUUCAGUCCGAUGGAAGCAAACAAGAAGAUAAAGAAAAAACGGAGGUUAUCCUUAGCUGUUUGCUUAGCAUUACUGACCAGGUAUUACUUCCAUCCCUUUCUUUGAUGGACUGCAAUGCUUGCAUGUCUGAGGAACUGUGGGGAAUGUUUAAGACAUUUCCCUAUCAGCAUAGAUAUCGUCUAUAUGGCCAGUGGAAGAAUGAAACUUAUAAUGGUCACCCACUUUUAGUAAAAGUUAAAGCCCAAACCAUAGACAGAGCCAAGUAUAUCAUGAAGCGUCUAACCAAGGAAAAUGUGAAGCCUUCAGGAAGACAAAUUGGCAAGCUGAGCCAUAGCAAUCCAACCAUUUUGUUUGAUUAUAUCUUGUCACAAAUACAGAAAUAUGAUAACUUGAUAACACCUGUAGUAGAUUCAUUGAAAUACCUCACUUCAUUGAAUUAUGAUGUCUUGGCAUAUUGUAUCAUUGAAGCUUUAGCUAAUCCCGAAAAGGAGAGAAUGAAACAUGAUGACACUACUAUCUCAAGCUGGCUUCAGAGUCUGGCUAGUUUUUGUGGUGCAGUAUUCCGUAAAUAUCCAAUUGAUCUUGCUGGUCUUCUUCAGUAUGUAGCCAAUCAAUUAAAGGCAGGCAAAAGUUUUGACCUAUUAAUAUUGAAAGAAGUGGUACAAAAAAUGGCUGGAAUCGAAAUUACAGAGGAAAUGACAAUGGAGCAAUUAGAAGCCAUGACUGGUGGGGAGCAGCUAAAGGCUGAGGGUGGUUAUUUUGGCCAGAUCAGAAACACUAAAAAGUCUUCUCAGAGAUUAAAGGAUGCCCUACUGGACCACGAUCUUGCUCUUCCUCUCUGUUUGCUUAUGGCUCAGCAGAGGAAUGGGGUAAUUUUUCAGGAGGGUGGAGAGAAACACUUGAAACUUGUGGGGAAGCUCUAUGACCAGUGUCAUGAUACCCUAGUACAGUUUGGUGGGUUUUUAGCAUCCAAUCUGAGUACAGAAGAUUAUAUAAAGCGAGUGCCUUCAAUUGACGUGCUCUGUAAUGAGUUUCAUACACCUCACGAUGCAGCAUUUUUUCUGUCUAGGCCAAUGUAUGCACACCAUAUUUCGUCAAAAUAUGAUGAACUUAAAAAAUCAGAAAAGGGAAGUAAACAACAACAUAAAGUCCAUAAAUAUAUUACAUCAUGUGAGAUGGUGAUGGCUCCUGUCCAUGAAGCAGUGGUUUCGUUGCAUGUUUCCAAAGUCUGGGAUGAUAUCAGCCCUCAGUUCUAUGCUACAUUUUGGUCAUUGACAAUGUAUGACCUUGCAGUUCCACAUACCAGCUAUGAAAGAGAAGUCAAUAAACUUAAAGUCCAGAUGAAAGCGAUUGAUGACAAUCAGGAAAUGCCUCCAAAUAAAAAGAAAAAGGAAAAGGAGCGUUGCACGGCUCUUCAGGACAAGCUUCUUGAAGAAGAAAAGAAACAGAUGGAGCAUGUUCAGAGAGUUCUUCAGAGACUGAAACUGGAAAAAGACAACUGGCUUUUAGCAAAGUCUACCAAAAACGAGACCAUCACAAAAUUUCUACAGCUAUGUAUAUUUCCUCGUUGCAUUUUUUCAGCAAUUGAUGCUGUUUACUGUGCUCGUUUUGUUGAAUUGGUACAUCAACAGAAAACUCCAAAUUUUUCCACACUCCUUUGCUAUGAUCGAGUUUUUUCUGACAUAAUUUACACAGUUGCAAGCUGUACUGAAAAUGAAGCUAGCCGGUAUGGGAGAUUUCUCUGCUGCAUGUUAGAGACGGUGACUAGGUGGCAUAGUGAUAGAGCCACAUAUGAAAAGGAAUGUGGGAACUAUCCAGGAUUCCUUACCAUAUUACGAGCAACUGGAUUUGAUGGUGGAAAUAAAGCUGAUCAAUUAGAUUACGAAAAUUUUCGACAUGUUGUACAUAAGUGGCAUUACAAACUAACCAAGGCAUCAGUACAUUGCCUUGAGACAGGCGAAUAUACUCACAUCAGGAAUAUAUUGAUUGUGCUAACAAAAAUACUUCCUUGGUACCCAAAAGUUUUGAAUCUGGGUCAGGCUUUGGAAAGAAGAGUGAAUAAAAUAUGCCAAGAAGAAAAAGAGAAGAGGCCAGAUCUAUAUGCAUUGGCUAUGGGCUACUCGGGGCAGUUGAAAAGUAGAAAGUCACAUAUGAUACCUGAAAAUGAAUUUCAUCACAAAGAUCCUCCUCCAAGGAAUGCUGUUGCCAGUGUACAGAAUGGGCCUGGUGGUGGGACUUCUUCAUCAUCCAUAGGAAGUGCAUCUAAAUCGGAUGAAAGUGGCACUGAGGAGACUGAUAAAUCAAGGGAGAGAUCUCAGUGUGGUACAAAAGCUGUUAAUAAGGCUUCUAGUACUACACCAAAAGGGAAUUCAAGCAAUGGAAAUAGUGGCUCUAACAGCAACAAAGCCGUUAAAGAAAAUGACAAAGAAAAAGUAAAAGAGAAAGAAAAAGAGAAAAAAGAAAAGACUCCAGCUACAACUCCAGAGGCCAGGGUACUUGGAAAAGAUAGUAAAGAAAAACCAAAGGAAGAACGGCCAAAUAAAGAUGAAAAAGCAAGAGAGACAAAAGAAAGAACACCUAAGUCUGACAAAGAGAAAGAAAAAUUCAAGAAGGAAGAAAAAGCCAAAGAUGAGAAAUUCAAGACCAGUGUCCCAAGUGUAGAAUCAAAAUCGACUCAAGAAAGGGAAAGAGAAAAGGAGCCAUCCAGAGAAAGAGAUGUAGCAAAGGAAAUGAAGUCAAAGGAAAAUGUUAAAGGAGGAGAAAAAACACCAGUUUCAGGGUCCUUGAAGUCACCUGUUCCCCGAUCAGAUAUCUCGGAGCCUGACAGGGAACAAAAACGCCGCAAAAUUGAUACUCAUCCUUCUCCAUCACAUUCCUCCACAGUAAAGGUUACAGACAUACUUCCCAAAGUUCCUCUGGGUUCUGAGAACUAUGCCAGCUCACCUGUCAUCUCCAUUCAUUUUCUACAGGACAGUCUCAUCGAUCUCAAGGACUCUUCAGCAAAGCUCUACAUUAAUCAUAUUCCUCCACCACUGUCCAAGAGUAAAGAGAGAGAAAUGGACAAGAAAGAUUUGGACAAGUCAAGGGAAAGAUCCAGAGAAAGAGAGAAAAAAGAUGAAAAGGACAGGAAAGAGCGGAAAAGGGAUCACUCAAACAAUGACCGUGAAGUGCCACCGGACAUAACAAAGAGGCGGAAAGAGGAAAAUGGAACAAUGGGGGUUUCAAAACACAAAAGUGAGAGUCCGUGUGAGUCUCAAUAUUCAAAUGAGAAAGACAAAGAGAAAAAUAAGUCAAAAUCUUCAGGCAAAGAAAAAGGCAGUAGUGAUUCGUUUAAAUCUGAGAAGAUGGAUAAAAUCUCCUCUGGUGGCAAAAAGGAAUCCAGGCAUGACAAAGAAAAGAUAGAAAAGAAAGAAAAACGGGAUAGUUCAGGAGGAAAGGAAGAGAAGAAACAUCAUAAGUCCUCUGACAAGCACAGAUAAUGAACGCUUUCAACUAAGGGUGUGGACAGACUCCUAAGCUGAACGUCUCCCCUAGGAGGAUGCCAAAGCUCCAUGAGUCAUUUUCAGAAAGAUAUCUCAUAUAAUUAAGAGCUUCUGGUGCUGUCCAUUUUAUGGGAAUCUGCUUUAAGUCAGAAGAUGCAUACCCACCACCAUCCUUUUGACAAGACAUUCCAAAGUCACUGAUUUUUUCAGAACAUUAUUUUCACCUGAAGGCAAUUUCUUGGAGCAAGAUCCCUGUGCAUACAAUUUUUACUUGAGAUAUGCCAUCCAGAAGCAGCAUCUAAUGAGAAAUUCACUAACUGACUUUUAGUUCAUCCUUCUUUCUCAGAAAGGAAAGGAAAUUGCCUCGUGGAACCAAUUCCUUAAUGAUGUAGAUAGGUUGCCUUUGUGUGUGAACUCUGUUAAGUGUGAAAACAUUGGGAUGAUUAUGUUGCUUGGAGGGUUUUAGCUUCUUGUAAACAUUUUAAAUUUAAUUCCAGUUCUUGGGAAAGAUCUUUACGUUUGUUUGACAGCAACAACAAUUUUACGUUUUAAUGCAUCCUUAAAUAUGUCAUCAAAAGUUUCCUUGUCCUUAAGGAAUUCUCAUGGUGUGACAUCAUCUUGAUUGAGACCCCAUUUCUUAUUCUUAUUAUGGUCAUAUGGAUACCAUAAUAAUGAUGUUCUUUUUCUUUAUUGGAACAUUACAUAGAUAUCAUAACGAUCAAGGACUCAUUUCUUAUUCUCACAAGUAUAGUCAUAUGAAUAUCGUGAUGUUCUUUAUUGGAACAUUAUUCAUUUUCAAUCUAAAAACCUGAGAUACAGUCACCAUUUUAAAGUGGACAAUUCAGUGGUCCUUAGUAUAUUCACUGUGUAGUGCCAUCAUCACUACAGUCUAAUUGCAGACCAUGCUGGUUAGCAGUCAUUCUUUUUUUUUUUUUUUUUUUUUUUUUAAACAUGAAAGAGAAAGCUAAAUUCAGUUCUUGGAGUCGAAUGUCAACUUCACAAAAAGUUAGACUUAAAUGGGAGAGCAGGCGUGGUAUAAUCUUCACAUUGACAGCUUAGGUGGGAAAAUACUGCACAUUAUCUUAACUCCUUUCUUCAGCCACUGGAAGCUACUGACACAUUUUUUGCCUAUGAAUUUGUCUGUUUUUGGACAUUUCAUAUAAAUGGAAUCGUGCAAUAUUGUGUCCUUGGGGGCCAGGGUUCUUUCAACUACCGUUGUGUUACCAAGAUUUAUCCAUGGUGUAGCAUGUGUCAAUAAUCCAUUCCUUUUUAUGGUUAUAUAUUCCAUAGAGUGAAUGUGCAUCAUGUUUUGUUUACCCAUUUAUUAAUUUAUGGACAGGAACAGUUAUUUUUUAAGUAUUAAAAUUGUAAGCUCAACAUCAGUGUAUCCAAAUUUAUAAUUGACGUCAAGAUGAUAUAUGGUAUGAACAGACUGCUUUGUAGAAAUGAUGUGUAAAUUAUUUGUCAGCAUUUCACGCAAGUGUGAUAUUAUCUAAGGCCCCUUCUAGCUAUUAUUUUAGGAACUGUGUGAAUGUAGUAUUUUUAUUAAUACAGUUUUAAUAUGUUAAGCAUUAAUUUAAAAUUUGAGAACAAUGUUUGGCAGAUAUGAAAUUAUAUGAAACAUGCUGUAAUGAUCAUGUUUUGAAUUUAUUUCAUUAUGCAGUAUUUGAAAAAUGUCUACAUAAAGGAAAGGAAAUGAGUAUAAUUGAGCCAAUAUAUUUUUAAAGCAAUUUUUAUAAUUUAGCAGACAUUGCAUCUUAAUAUAAUUCACUAUUAAAAUUGUGACCUUGUGAAAAAAAUGAAGUCAUUUUUCUAUUUCUUUUGGUUUAUCCUGUAAAAAAUUAGGUUCCUUUCCUUUGCUAAAUGUUGUUUAUUUUUUGAUACAUUCUUCCUUGUGCCUAUAGAAUGUAAUUGUUAGUCUUUAAUCUUUUUCUCUUUUCCACAGUCCUUCUUCCCUCUCAAACACUGAAAAUGCGUAUCAGUGUUUCUUAAAAUUAAUAAUGUCUUAAUAAUUUCUAAAAAUGAAUAAAGACAGAAAUAUUUUAGCAUUUUUUUGGGGGGGUUUCAUUCAGGCCUUUGUUAUUUGCAGAAUUCACUGAAGUUUCUUCCUAAAUGGUUUUUUUUUUUUUCCUUUCCUCCUUUCUUUUCUUUCUAUUACUCUCUGGCCCUCCCUCUCUGCCCUCUUCUUUUAUUGCAUUGGCCUUCCUCCUUGCCUUUCCCUCAGCCUCUGCUUCAUGCCUAUCAUCAAUAGUACCAAUUUGUUUCUUUCAGGUAGAAAGAAUGAAAUGAAAUCAUACAGCUGUGACCAGGAUUUUAUUUUCCUAAGUAGAUUUCUGAGAGUUGUGAAUGGAGCAGGCCCAUUUUCAGUUAUAUUCUUUAUUGCUCCAUGCAGAAAACCUAAAAUUGUUGUGUUAUAUGUACUUUAACUUGUUGCUUAAUUUCUACAUGUUUAUUUUCAGUAAUGGCUGAAAGUGUUAAUUAUUCCAUAUUUUAGCACAAUGUGCUGCAUAUACUUUCCAAUAAGCAAAUAAGGUUACAUGUGUAGAGAAUUUCACUUUUGAGUAAAUAUUGCCUGGAUUUUGGUCCCACCCCCCGAUUUGAAAUGUUUCCUUUUUAAUGUUUGAAACUGAAAAUAAACAGCUAUUGAAUGAUUUUGAAUUUA